AUGGCCGCCACUCUGCCCAACGUUUCCGCCGACCUGAUCUGGGAGGUCGUCCGCGCCCAGAAUGCGUUCCUGGUCAACCGCAACGACGCCGGCGGUCUCCAGCUCUCUCGCGACCCCCUUAACCUGGUCAACAAGCACUCCCGCAAGUACGCCGGUUUCGUCAACGACAAGGCCAUCGGCGUUGUCCCCAACGAGAAGGGUGGUGUCAAGGUGAUCAGCAAGAACCAGAAGAACUUCAACAAGCCCUCCAAGGGCUACACCGAGGUCACCUACGGCGGCAACAAGUCUUCCCGCAAGACCUACUCCGCCGUUGCCCGCCAGGCUGCCGCCGGCGGCUACCGUGGCGACCUCCGCGAGGCCGCUGUCCAGCGCGUCUCUGCCAUCCGCCGCUCCCAGCGUGCCGUCAAGGCUACCCCCGAGAAGAAGCCCCGCGGUGUCAAGGCCAAGGCCGCCGCCGCUGCCGAGGCUGAGGCAUAA